AUGACAGACCGUACAGAAAAUCCCGCCAACAACUCCAUUCCAAGCACCACCCGCCCAAGUUCCAUCCCAGUAAGAAGCAUAUACCUCCAACCAGCCCGGCUGCUUCACACUCCGCUCACCACCACCAAACCAUCCCUAAAAUACUCCCUCGUAAAAUCAAAAUGGAAAAUCGACAAACUCCCCUCUCCAAACCGCCAAGUCGGUCCACCACUAGAGUCAGAUCCGCAUCUCCAAGCAGAACCACCAUGGACACGUCUCUCAACCGAAGAACCGCUCUCCCCCGAACUAAGAGCUGAAGUCAGACAAGAACUCAUCCACUCACAUCUUAUGGGUGAUAUGAACGAGUAUCGGCGUCAGAUGAAGUAUUCCUGGUGUACCCCGGACUGUUAUAUGGAGAUUCAGAGUGAAAACACCCAGUUCGAAUCUAGAUUGCUUCUUGGGAUGUGUAAUAAGGUGGUGCCGUUUUAUUGGAUGCCACAGCUUGAGACGAAUGGGCACGCGUUGCCGUUGUUGCCGUUUAGGUGCUUGUUUGGGGGAUGGUUUAAGUUUUAUGAUGAUGAGCCGAGUAUUGAGUUUGGGAACUUCUUUGCUGAUUUAUUACGCGUCCUCCCCACCGGCCCCCUCACAAUUCCCGGAAUCAUCUCCACCCACAAACGCCUUUAUGAUCCAGCUUCUAGCCUUCUGAACACCAUCAAACUCCAUCCCCCAACCUCAGACCAAGGAGAACCCUGGGGUCCCUGGAAACACCCUGAGAAAUAUCAAUUGAAACAAACGUACCGUGCUAUUAUCAUGAUGAUGGAUCGAUAUGUCAGUUCGGACUUUGAUCUUAGGAUACCUGAAAAGAGUUUUAUAGACGUCGCUGAACACGCACGGAAACAAACUGUUUUGCUCGUCCGUACAGGGGAGGAUGAGGGAAUUAGUUCUCUUGUUGAUUUUGAGACGUUGAGAGCGAGUGGGAAGUGUUUACCGCUGGAUAGGAACGAUGUUGAGGUGGAUAGUGAGGAUGUGGUGAGGGUAAGCAUUGCUGAUGCCGUGGAAUUUGUAUGCGGUCUAGAAGAUCCUAGUUCUAUAGAACGUGGUAUUUCGGUAGAUAGACAGCGCAAAGCGGAGGCAGCGGCGGAUGGGUUGAUGAGGGAGGCGGACGAGAAGGGGAUUGAUGGCGGUUAUCUUACUUGGCGUGCGGUUAGGUGUGUUAAGGCGAGGAGGAUGGGGGAGGAGUUUAGAGAGGAGGGGUUGUGGGAGUUUAAUCGGGUUUGGAGGUAA